UAAAUUCAUCGUUUAAUAACAAUGGAGCCUCUAUUGAUCAACACGAUAUGGCGCUCCUACGCAACGAAAUUAACUCGGUCCCAGGUGACUUUAAUGGCGCGGGGAUUGCCUAAAAAGCAACCGAUUAUUGGAGUGCAAGAUAUUAUAGUCGUUGCCUCUGGAAAGGGUGGUGUAGGAAAAAGCACCGUGGCAGUUAAUUUUGCCUGCAGCCUGGCAAGACUGGGAAAACGAGUAGGAUUGCUGGACGGGGAUAUCUUCGGGCCAACUAUUCCACUUUUAAUGAAUGUCCAUGGUGAGCCGGGUGUGAAUGAUAAAAAUUUGAUGAUCCCGCCGCAAAACUACAAUGUAAAGUGCUUGUCUAUGGGCAUGCUGACACCUGUAGAGGCCUCUGUUAUCUGGCGAGGUCCUCUUGUAAUGUCAGCAAUACAACGACUGUUAAAAGGUACUGAUUGGGGACUUUUAGAUGUCCUGGUUAUAGAUACUCCACCGGGCACUGGAGAUGUGCAUCUCUCACUAUCCCAGCAUACACCCAUCACUGGGGUUAUCCUUGUAACAACACCUCAUACUGCAGCUGUUCAGGUGACCUUGAAAGGUGCAAGGAUGUACGAAAAGCUAAAUGUUCCCAUAUUUGGGGUAGUAGAGAAUAUGAAGUACACCAUUUGUCAGAACUGUAAUCAACGAUUGGAAUUUUUUAAAGACAGCCGUAUAAGCUCUCUACCCCGCAAGCUAAUUUCUCUUCCGUUAGACUCACAAAUAGCGGAUAGCAACGAGAGUGGAGUGCCUGUUGUAAUAAAAUAUCCAGACAGCAAGUACUCUAAUCUAUUUACCCAAUUGGCUGAGGAGAUUACACAAAUACUUACCGAACAAAGAUGUAAACAAAAUCAAAAUAACAGUGCACAUUAAAAAAAAAAUGUGUAUAUCGAAAAUACUUUUUACUUACAUUUGUUAUGCUGAUCUGAUAAAACCAAUAAAGUUAUUAGGGAAAGGA